AUGGAACAGAAUGAACCUUUUCAGUGCUGCACAUCUUGUGGUAAAGACAAUAGAAAUAAGACAAAAUGCCAAAGUUGUGGAGGUACUCAGAAACUGUACAGACAAAACACCUCCAUGUCGGAAUCACCUGCUUCCCUAGCUCGGCCUUCAAUUCAUCAAAAUGAAACUGUAGAAACUCCUGUCAACAAAAUAAGUGCUAAGAACUUUUAUGGCUCUUCAUAUAUUAAGGUUCCUAUGGAUUCCUUUUCAAAAAAUGAAACAUUAAGGUGGAAGACAAAUACACCAAAUGGGAAAAUUGGACUUUCUGUUGAAAGCAAGGUUACAAAAAAUGCAAGAGUUAGGAGUACCAGAUCUUCAGAACCAAAUGACACAAUAAUCCUAUCUAGUGAUGAUGAAGACAAUGCUAGCACUGGAAGUACAAGUAGAAUAGAAAGCAUCUCUCCAAGACCUGCUGAUUCCGCUUGUUCUUCUCCCGUUCCAUCAUCUGGAAAAGUAGAAGCAGCGCUGCGAGAAAAUAGUUUUAUAGAUAUCAAGUUUAAUAACCCAGCAGAGUCUGACAUCACAAUCCCCAGGAAAGCAAGAAUGAAAGAUCAGUUUGGCAAUUCUGUCACUAAUACUCCAAGUAAGCGCCGUAAAGUUGCCCAGUCUGAUGUUCCGAGUGAGCCUUUACCAGAGUUUCUUGCUAACUGUGAAAGUAUCAUUGUGACUUGUCGAAAUAUACGUGUGGGAACCUUGUAUAGAACAAUAGUAGACUCUGUUGUGUUUUGUUUAGACAUCAUAAAGGUACCUCUGGAAGUGCCUGAAGAUUCUGAAGAUGAGCAUCUGGAGUUGAAUACAUCAGAGCUAAUAAAGUGUGAAUGGUGCUGUGCACGAAAACUUUCAGUGGUGUUUUUCCAGAGUACAGCCUCCCACUGCCAGAAGCUUCGGUCACAGUUUAAGAUGAGCAAACAGAAUGGUUUAGGAUGGUAUGAUUCCAAUUCUUCAAAUGUGGAAGAGCAAUUUAUUGUCUUAAUCCUUGAAAAGCCCCUAAGCGUGGAAGAAAAUGCUUGUUUUGAAAAAAUUUUAAAUGAAAUUGGAGUAAAAAAUUCAGUCCCAAAUUUUUUCUCAAAAAUUGGAUUUGAUGAAGCUAACCGAAGACUUGUAGGCCUUUACAAAACACUUGGAAGAAACUCCUUCUCACCAUUCAUCAUCAAAGGACCACGUAGCACGAAAUGUGACCUCAGAAACACGAAUGAAGUUGCGCAAUUCUACAACACAAUUGCAGUUUUUUUGAUGAUGAAGAUGAGGCUGGCGACACACACAGUGUCUUCGUUGGUCCCAUUGAAAAAUUGAUUGUAUAUCCACCGCCUCCUGCAAAAGGUGGAAUCUCCGUUACAAAUGAGGAUCUCCAUUGCUUAAAUGAAGGAGAAUUUUUGAAUGAUGUAAUUAUUGAUUUCUACCUAAAGUAUUUAGUGCUUGAGAAACUAAGAGAACAUGCAGACAGGAUCCACAUUUUUAGUUCUUUUUUCUAUAAACGCCUCAAUCAGAGAGAGAGGAGGAACUUGCAAGAUACCGCUAACUUGACACUGCAGCAAAGGAGGCAUGGAAGAGUUAAAACCUGGACUCGGCAUGUGGACCUCUUUCAGAAAGACUUCAUUUUUGUUCCACUGAAUGAAGCGGCCCACUGGUUUUUAGCUGUAAUAUGUUUUCCUGGUCUAGAAGAACCUGUGUGUUAUCCGAACCGUUACUACCAAGCUGGAACUUUGCAGGCUACAUCAAAGGCAGAUGACAGCAGAAACUCUGCCAUCCCAGGGGAUUCACAGGGUUGCCUGCAAGGUUCUUCCGCCAAGUCAACUGUAAAGAAAACGCCUCACAAGAAACAAACCCUUGCUCCAAAUGAAGCAUGUUCUGGGACUGUUGAAAGUGACACAUCUGGGACAAGACGAAGUCACUGUGUAGGAAGGCACACCCUUAGAAGAAAUGAUCAGGAACAGCAGGAGACAUCAACGCUUAAGUCUCUCUUUCCACAAACAGACUCCAAUCCUAAAAAUGUAAAUGGAAUAACACAUGAAUGUAAAACACCAUUAAAGCAUCUUGAUGGUUUGCACAGAAUACAAAUAAGCUAUAGUGAUUCACCAGAUGACUUGAAAAAGAAUGAAGAGGAGUUCAUAGAUUUUUCAGAUGACCAAGAUAAUCCGGAUGAAAGCAGUGAUGAUGGUGGACUUGCUGAUGACAAUUUCACUUCUGAAGCAGGAAAAUGGCAUCUGAAACCUACAUUCUGCAAGCAACCAUGCAUUCUACUUAUGGAUUCACUGAGAGGUCCUUCUCGAUCUACAGUAGUAAAGACAUUACGAGAAUACCUAGAAGUAGAAUGGGAAGUAAGGAAAGGAACUAAAAGAAGUUUUUCCAAAGAAGUUAUGAAAGGUUCCAAUCCCAGAGUGCCUCAGCAAAACAACUUCAGUGACUGUGGUGUAUAUAUACUCCAGUAUGUGGAAAGCUUUUUCGAGAAUCCCAUUCAGAGUUUUGAUCUGCCAAUGAAUUUGACCGACUGGUUUCCUCAACAAAGAAUGAAGGCGAAGCGUGAAGAAAUCCGGAAUCUCAUUCUUGCUCUGCAGGAGCUUCAAAGUAAAGACAGGAAAGGACAGAGGGACCUUGGCACAACACAGCCCACUCUACCAGAGGGAAAAGAGCAGAUCAUCAAUGAUUUUACUUUAUGA